ACCCAUGCUGGGAACACGCUGGUGAGAGAGCUGUCAGUAUUAAAUACACAGGUAACCAUGCUGAAAAUUAACCAAUGCUCAUGUGAUCUAAUAGGGAUAAUUACCUUCAGUAUCCACUAUAGUAGAUUCAUACUUUGACGUCUUUAAAGCUGUUUCUUAUUUUCUCACAGAUUUUCAUGAUGGAGCAGCCGAUUUUCAUCUGUUUCACUCCUGUAGGGAGGUUGGUGUGGGAGGAACUGACUUCUCAAACUGAACAGCCAAAUAGUGAAGACUCUGGUUUUCCCUUUGAGAAGAUGCAGCUGGUUGGGAACUGGGGUUCGUUUCAUUUCCAUACCUGGAUAAUCCGUUAUGGACGAGUGCAGCAAAACGAAGAGGACAUGCAUCACCUGUGCAUUGUGAGGGGAGUGGAGAAACAGCUGUGGUGGAGCAGAGUCAUUCAGGAAAAAAUCCUGGACCCAUGGGGUAAUGUCCAGGUGGUCCUCACCAACAAGGAGAUGACUGGUAUUAAGUACCUUGGUAGAAGGAUCUAUGGACUCGGGUCUUGCCUCGUCAAGAUGAGGUCAGAGUUCACCUAUUAUGAGGACGCCCAGCAGGUGGAUAUCUCCACCACAGUGGAGGGGUUCCAGGAGAGGGGGGAUGACAUGAUGACGUAUCAGUUCUCUACCUCUGACAUUAUCACCACCCCUCAUGAGCCGUCCUCUGGCUCCUCUCAGCAGUUCCCCCAGGAUUCUCCACCUCCCCCUCCGCCUCCCACGUUCCCUUCCCCUCCACCUUACCACUUCACCCAGGACCAGACCCCUGACAGCACUCCUCAGGAGUUUGUGGAGGAGCAACAUAAUGUUGCAGAUGUGCCCCAGCUGUGGUGA